GCUGUACUCAGCUGAACCUAAAGGGUUGACCAGGGAACCUUAGCCUUGCCUCUUCCUUCUGACACUGCUUAGUACCUCAGCUGAUACAUCUGCGCAAAUACAAACUAUAACUUCAACUGUCCUAACACAAAUAACUUUUCCUAUAAAAUGGGAAUACUUAUUGCAAUCCUUGGAAUCUGGUUCAGCUCAUCACUUGCCAGAGGAGAUUCUAAGGCUGUGACCACAUCUCUAAUUACAAAGUGGUCUUCAACUCCUUUAUUACUUGAAACAAGUGAAUUUUUAUCAGAAGAAGGUCAAGAAAGAUUCUGGAAUUUUGUCGAAGCAAGUCAAAAUAUUAAAUCAUCUCAGCAUGGUGGUAAUGAUUAUUCCGCUUACCAUGAAAUGCUGAAAGUAGCCUGCCAGAAUCUGUCGCCUUUGCAGCAGAAUUUGUUGAAGUUUUCCUUAUCAUUACGUUCUUACUCUGCAACAGUUCAAGCUUUUCAACAGAUAGCAGCAGAUGAACCACCACCAAAGGGCUGUAUCCUGUUCUUUGCUGUGCAUGGAGAGAAGACGUGUGAAUUUGACUCUCUUGGAAACCUUUUACAGACAGCUUCAGAAAGGCCAAAGCCAUUUUUGUUUAAAGGGGAUCACAGGUACCCAGUUUCAAACCCUGAAAGUCCUGUCGUCAUACUUUAUGCCGAGAUUGGUUCAGAGGAGUUCUACAGAUUCCACAAGCUGCUUGUUUUAAAGGCAAAGGCAGGAGAAAUCACUUAUGUCCUCAGGCACUAUGUUGCUAAUCCCAGUAAAGAAAAAGUCUACCUCUCUGGGUACGGUGUGGAACUGGCCAUUAAGAGUACAGAAUAUAAGGCCAAGGAUGACACCCAGGUGAAAGGUACAGAUGUGAAUGCUACAGUAAUAGAUGAAAAUGACCCUAUUGAUGAAGUGCAAGGAUUUCUCUUUGGAAAACUAAGGCAGUUGUAUCCUGACUUGACAGAGGAGUUGAAAGAGCUUAGAAAACACCUUGUUGAAAGCACCAAUGAAAUGGCACCUUUGAAAGUUUGGCAGUUACAAGAUUUAAGUUUUCAAACUGCUGCCCGUAUUUUGGCUGCCCCCCCUGUGGAUGCUUUGAUGGUCAUGAAAGAUCUCAGUCAGAACUUCCCUACAAAGGCCAGGGCGAUAACAAAAACAGUUGUUUCCUCAGAACUCAGGACAGAAGUUGAAGAGAACCAGAAGUAUUUCAAAGGAACAUUAGGAUUACAGCCGGGAGAUUCUGCCUUGUUCAUCAAUGGACUACAUAUUGAUUUAGACACUCAGGACAUAUUUAGCUUGAUUGAUGUGUUACGCAAUGAAGCCCGUGUUAUGGAAGGCCUGCACAGCUUAGGAAUUGAGGGUCUUUCCUUGCACAAUGUUCUGAAGUUGAACAUCCAGCCAUCAGAUUCAGACUAUGCUGUGGACAUCAGAAGCCCUGCUAUUUCAUGGAUCAACAAUCUUGAGGCUGACAGCCGGUAUAAUUCCUGGCCUUCCAAUGUGCAAGAAUUGCUGCGUCCCACGUUUCCAGGGGUGAUCAGACAAAUCAGGAAAAACUUCCAUAAUUUUGUACUGAUAGUAGAUCCUACUCAUGAGACUACAGCAGAAUUGUUUAAUGUGGCAGAGAUGUUCUUCAGUAACCACAUCCCACUGAGGAUAGGACUAGUCUUUGUGGUUAAUGACUCAGAAGAUGUCGAUGGACUUCAGGAUCCUGGUGUUGCCCUCCUUAGGGCGUACAACUAUGUGGCACAAGAAAUGGAUAAUAAUUAUGCUUUCCAGGCAGUCAUGUCUAUAUAUAACAAAGUAAAAACAGGAGAUCAGCUGAGAGUUGAGCAUGUGGUUAGUGUUCUUGAGAAACAGUAUCCUUAUGUAGAAGUAAACAGCAUUCUGGGAAUUGAUUCUGCCUAUGAUCAAAACAGAAAGGCAGCAAGAGGUUACUUUGAGCAGACGGGUGUAGGUCCUCUGCCCGUUGUGCUGUUCAAUGGGAUGCCUUUUCAAAAAGAUCAGCUGGAUCCUGAUGACCUAGAAACUGUGACAAUGCACAAAAUCCUGGAAACCACAAGCCUCUUCCAGCGAGCUGUGUACUUGGGUGAAUUAUCUAAUGAUCAAGAUGUAGUUGAAUAUAUCAUGAACCAACCUAAUGUUGUUCCCAGAAUCAAUUCGAGGAUCUUAAUGUCUGACAGAGAGUACUUAGAUCUGACAGCAAUGAAUAACUUUUAUGUGGAUGACUUUGCUAGAUUCACUACGUUGGAUUCCAAAGACAAGACAGCUGCUGUGGCAAACAGCAUGACCUACUUAACAAAGAGAGGAAUGUCUUCCAAGGAAAUCUAUGAUGAUUCCUUUGUUAGACCAGUUACUUUUUGGAUUGUUGGUGAUUUUGAUAAACCUUCAGGGAGGCAAUUGUUGUAUGAUGCAAUUAAACAUCAGAAAUCCAGCAAUAAUGUCCGAAUUAGCAUGAUUAAUAACCCCAGUGAAGAUCCAAACAGCAAGAAUAUACUUGUUGCUAAGGCCAUAUGGGCAGCUCUGCAGACACAAACUUCAAAUAAUGCCAAGAACUUCAUCACCAAAAUGGCAAAGGAGGAAACUGCUAAGGCACUUGAGGCAGGAGCUGACAUCUUAGAAUUUGCAGUUGGGGGUAUGGAUAUCAGUAUGUUCAAAGAAGCCUAUGAAUCUCCCAAAGUGGAUUUUAUUCUGUCUCAUGCUAUAUACUGCAGAGAUGUUCUGAAGCUGAAGAAGGGCCAGAGGGCUGUGAUCAGCAAUGGAAGGAUUAUUGGCCCAUUAGAGGAUGCUGAGAUGUUUAAUCAGGAUGAUUUUCACCUCCUUGAGAAUAUCAUACUGAAGACAUCAGGACAGAAAAUCAAAUCCCAGAUUCAGCAGCUGGGAUUUGAGGAAGAUCUUGCAAGUGACUUGGUAAUGAAAGUGGAUGCUCUUCUCUCUGCUCAACCAAAAGGAGAGGCAAGGAUUGAGUAUCAUUUUUUUGAAGAACGAUACAGCGCAGUUAAACUGAGACCAAAAGAGGAGGAGACAUACUUUGAUGUUGUGGCUAUUGUUGACCCUGUCACCAGAGAAGCUCAAAGACUUGCUCCAUUACUUUUGGUUUUGAACCAGCUGAUAAAUAUGAACUUAAGAGUGUUUAUGAACUGCCAGUCCAAACUUUCUGACAUGCCUCUCAAAAGCUUUUAUCGUUAUGUUCUGGAGCCAGAGAUUUCUUUCACAGCAGAUAACAACUUUGUUUCUGGACCAAUUGCCAAGUUUUUGGAUAUGCCCCAGUCGCCGCUGUUCACUUUAAACCUAAAUACGCCUGAGAGCUGGAUGGUGGAAUCUGUCAGAACCCCGUAUGACCUUGAUAACAUUUACUUAGAGGAGGUGGAUAAUGUUGUAGCUGCAGAAUAUGAAUUGGAGUAUCUGCUUCUGGAAGGACACUGCUAUGAUAUUACUACUGGCCAGCCACCUCGGGGACUCCAGUUUACACUGGGAACUUCAACCAGUCCUGUCAUUGUUGAUACCAUUGUUAUGGCCAACUUGGGUUACUUCCAGUUAAAAGCUAAUCCUGGUGCAUGGACUCUAAGACUCAGAAAGGGCAGGUCUGAGGAUAUCUACAGAAUCUACAGCCACGAUGGUACAGACUCUCCCCCUGAAGCUAACGAAGUUAUUGUUGUUCUCAACAACUUCAAGAGCAAAAUUAUUAAAGUGAAGGUUCAGAAGAAACUGGACAUGAUGAAUGAAGAUUUACUAAGUGACGGUACCAAUGAGAAUGAGUCUGGAUUUUGGGAAUCUCUCAAAUGGGGAUUCACAGGAGGACAAAAGAAUGAAGAUGUGAAACAGGAUAAAGAUGAUGUACUAAAUAUAUUCUCUGUGGCUUCAGGACACCUCUAUGAAAGAUUCCUCCGCAUAAUGAUGUUGUCUGUGCUGAAACAUACUAAGACUCCUGUAAAGUUCUGGUUUCUGAAGAAUUACUUAUCUCCUACAUUCAAGGAGUUCAUCCCGUACAUGGCAGAGAAGUACAAUUUCCAGUAUGAGCUUGUCCAGUAUAAAUGGCCACGAUGGCUUCAUCAGCAAACAGAGAAGCAGCGUAUCAUCUGGGGUUACAAGAUCCUCUUUCUAGAUGUGCUCUUCCCAUUAGCUGUUGAUAAAAUCCUGUUUGUGGAUGCUGACCAGAUUGUACGCACAGAUCUAAAGGAAUUAAGAGAUUUCAAUCUAGAGGGUGCUCCUUAUGGAUAUACUCCAUUCUGUGAUAGUCGAAGAGAAAUGGAUGGCUACAGAUUCUGGAAAUCAGGAUACUGGGCAAGUCACUUAGCUGGAAGAAAAUAUCACAUCAGUGCUCUGUAUGUUGUGGAUCUGAAGAAAUUCAGAAAGAUAGCAGCUGGAGACCGACUCAGAGGACAAUAUCAGGGUCUUAGUCAGGAUCCUAACAGUCUGUCUAACCUUGAUCAGGAUUUGCCUAACAACAUGAUCCACCAGGUGCCCAUUAAAUCACUCCCGCAGGAGUGGCUUUGGUGUGAAACAUGGUGUGAUGAUUCCUCAAAGAAGAGAGCAAAAACCAUUGAUCUAUGUAAUAACCCAAUGACCAAAGAGCCCAAGCUGCAGGCAGCAAUGCGUAUAGUUCCAGAAUGGCAGGACUAUGAUCAAGAAAUCAAACAGCUCUAUAGUCACUUCCAGAAAGAAAAGGAAACAGGAGCACCAGCCAAGAUGACAGGAAAGCACACACAAGAUUCAACAGCACACGUGGAAUUAUGAUCCAUGGAGGAAAAAAAAGUCAAGUUAGACUGUUUCAUAGACAAUUUUUAUAUUGAAAGCUAGUUUUUUCUGGUAUGUCUACAAAACUGCUGAAUAACUGAAUGGGAUGAUGUAUGCAUUUUUAUUACUUGCCUUUGGGUUAAUUUCUGCAUAUGAAAUAGGAUCUGGAUUGCUGGAAUUAGCAUUACUGGUUUUUGCACCUGUGGUGGAGAUGAAAGAACCCACGAUGGAAUUUAGCAUUUCAGAAACAAAACUUCAAAAUCCACUGGAAAAGCUGCAGCCUCUUCCUUCAGCUGUCGCUGCCCCCACCCCGAUCAAGAUUCUAUUGGCCUCAGCUCUAACUCGAGUGAGCCUGAAAAAUGCAGAUACACUGAGCACUUGGCUAGAACGUAAGUCCUUACCUCAACUGAUGGAGAUGGUUUUCCAGCUAACGUUAAGGCUCAGAUUCAUGCCUUAAAUUGGGAUAAUGUUUCAUCUGCAAGUUUUCAAAUGGUCAAAAAUGCUUCUCAGAUUUGUUAGGUAUGUCCUUUUUUGUAACAAAUCUAGCAUUCCUUAGAUACUCCAAUUCCUGUCUUCAUUUAUUUCCUAACCUUUGAAGGGUUGGCUUAGUGUAAAACUACUACAAUCUAUUCAAAUGCUCAUCUGAACAAGUGCCCACAUUUCCUUUUUAUUUUUUUUUUUUUGUAAAAGUAUAAUGUUGAAUUUGACAGUUCAGUUUCUUAGCCCAUCUGACUUGAAACAAGACUACCCUCCUUCCUUCCUGCUCAAAGUUUAAAUCAAUUCACUGAAUGGGUAGGGCCUUACUAUUGCUGUGGUUCAUUGAUUUCAUGAAUGUGUUUUGUUUAGAAAAAUCUGUGGAAGCUUGGAAGCUUUUCAUCAUGUAAAUUUCAUUAACUUUAUUUUUCCUCAGAGAUGUUGUCACAUCAAUAAAACUUUAGAGUUCUUAGGUCUUAAGCUCUAGUUCACAUUCGGUCCUUUGCUCUUCCUUUUUGCUUGCAUAUAUUAUAGUCUAAUUGGGAUUUUUCGGUCUCUGAACACUUUACCUGCAUUCAUUUACUUAAUGCACAAACAAAACCUUUUGUUCCAAGGGUUAAUUUACCUUGGACUAUUUCAAGAAUUCUCACUCUUGUCUUAGUUUUCAAAGAUGCUGCUGCCAUAGUUCCGUUCUAUGAACAAACGGAUGAAAGAUCCCCCAAAACCCUGGUCCCUUCUCCUUUUUCUUCACUCUGCAUGAUUCCUGCCUGCUAUCUGGAACACUUGAGAUGAAGAGUUAAAAUAUAUAACUAAAGAAGUAUUUCUGUGCUAAAGAGUGUAGCUCCCUUUCUUUCUCUAGAAGUCUAGACUUGGAAGCUAGUUUAUUGCAACCUCUGUGUUUUUAUACAGGUAAAUGUUCUGUGCAGUAAGGGCUUCUCACUGACGACAACCUUGAAUUAAGAUGUUUGAGAAUUAUUCUAUUCCUCAGAGAGAUAAAUGUUUUGGAGAGAUCUGACCUUGGCUGCAAUAUUUAAACUAUCUGUAGGGCAAAGCCAGCACUAAGCAGCUCUUCAGCCAGCUCAAAAGAUGACCCAAACUUCUAAAACCUAAGAGCACACUAAAAGAAACAACCAGCAUCCCUUAAAUGCACAUUCCUGACCUUGACAACAGUGCUAGUAAGCUGAUCAGUAACACAGCACACACUCAGAUACCAGAAGUGGGUGGCUCUAGAAACGCAGAGGAAAGGGCAGUUCAUAAUCUCCCCUUCUCCAGAGGGCAAAGCUAUGCAAACAUGAGGGGUUGGAUUUCAAGCCACGAACUUACUUACUGAGUAUGAAUUAUCAGAUUGGUAUUUUCUAAAUUGUCUGUAGAUACUAUUCAAAUAGUCUCCCUGAGACUCUGUAACUACCAAGUGGCUGCUGCAGCCUGUCAAAACAGUGCCAGUUAAGGCUAGGCAGACCUACACUGGAAAAAUUCCUUCCAGUGUAAGGACAAUGUAGCUGCCAAGUGACUGUCAUUACAUACUAUGUUAAUUAGUCCUUUUUUAAAACAGAUCUAAACACUACAUGUAAAACUACUUUUUUCUCUGUUCAUCUCUCAACCACUUCUGCCUCUCUGGAGCACACAGAAUGGCACAGGGGCAGGUGGCAGCAGCUGAACCCAACAGUUUCAUCCAAGGAUGGUCCAGGGCAGCAGAGGAAGAUUACUUAGGACAGUGCUUGGGUUGGGGAUAGUCUGCCCAAACCUUCAGAACAAGAAAAGUACAAGUUCUCUACACAACAAGACUCUCCCUUAUCUAAACCAGUAUUUGGCUCCAGCUUUUUUUCCAAAUAUUAUUAAAAGCCAAAAGAUUAAGAAUAAAGUAGCCUGUGAAAUUUGGCACAAUAUUUACAAUGCCUUGUUUGGAACUGUUCAGAAAGAGAAAUUUUUUUAAAUUGAAUGUGUCAAUUACAAGCCUCCCCCCCCCCCAAUUAUGCUCUUCUUACUUCAUUUUUAUGUAAAAGCAUGCACUUCACCCAUACCACAAUUUUAAAAUGUAGCAAGCUCUUUCUACUGUCUUUUUGUUCUCUCUGGCUAACAGAGACCAUGCUCUUGUUCAGCUCUACUUAUUAACUCAGAACUGACACAGGAACAUAUGCAUCAUGAGACUUUGUACCUAAUACUGCAAAAGGAGUACCCUGCAAGAGUGCUGUGCCUAUUCUCAAGUACAUUAUAAAAUGCACGUGGUACUAAUCAUUCUGAAUAUGAAAUACCAGAGUUUUAGGUGACAGUAUUUAUUUGUGCAAAAGAAAAACAAUCAUAUAGCAGUCAGCCUAAAUAGGAGGCUCCACAUUUCUUUUGGCUUUGUGGGUACCCUUGCCCGUAAUCCUCAACUAGGCAUUGAAAGAAGAUCUUCAGAGCACUGCCUCUAGAAUGCUCCUUAGAUUAAGGAACAGAGCCACUUCAGGUAAUACCGCUGGUGACCUGCAUUCCUGUAAGCCAGCAACACCGGUACAAAAGACAGAACUUUGUUAUUAAAGAGGUCAUAAUGCAAUUUUGGAUCCCCUAGUUGGUCUGGAAAGGCCGCCUCUUUCUUUAGUAAGGUGAUGGCACUAGUCCAGAUACUCUGACACAACAAGUUUGUGGAAGUUCAGCUGGUCAAAAGUUAACAUUGAAAGAAAAAAAAAAAAAAAAAAAAAAACAAACUAUUUUAAAAGGAAGGUUUCACUGCCUUUCUUUCCAGAAAACAGAAAUAUGAUGUUCUUAAGAUUAUGCUUUCAAUUAGCUGUGGGGAGGAUUUGUGAUAAAACAAGGAAAUGAAAGGGAUGGGAUGUGUACAAAGGAGCAGGAAUUCAGUUACACUCUUAGGAACCAAACCGUUUUAUAAAAUGGUUUUGCAUGGCCACUUCUGUAACCUGUUCGGGAGUAUACUGUACCUGGGUGCGGUACUGAGAGGUAUGGGGAGCUACUUGCUACCAAAUGUUACCUGAGAUUACAGUGAAUUUCCCAGUACGGUGACAACAGGAAGAUCUGUCUAAUAUAAUAAAGACUUU